AUCUCAGAUAUGUUAUUUUUAUAUAGGAAUACAUUUGAUGAAUAGAAACACAUUUGAAACAUCAACAGCAUUCAAUAUUGUUACAAAGUCGCAACAAUAUUGAAAUAUUGCGAUCUUGGAAUACAAUAUUGUGGUAAUAUUGCUGCAAUAUUGAGUGCUGUUUAUGAUAAUGCUAAUUUCAAACGCUCUCGUAUUCAAUUUGAAUUGCUUUUCCAAUAUUUUGAUUUCAAAUUUUCGAAGCGUAUGAAAAAAUAUUUCGUCGAUCAUGAUAAUUCGUUGUCUUCUAUCACACAAUGACACAAUUCGUUAUAAUGUAGAAAACUACUAUAGAAGUAUAUGUUUCUAAAUCACAGAAGGACAAAGGCAGAAUGGAUGAUUAUCAAACUAAAGAGAUUUACAAAUUACAAAUAUAGAAAUUAAUUUUGAUGAUACAUUUUCAGUNUAGCACAUAUGUACAUAUAAAAUUAUAAAUAUAUUGCGUACUUUAAUGCAAUAACAUAUAUGUUAUCGUCACUAUCUAAAAUCUGCGUUAUUAAAUUCCUCAAUACAUAUUUUUAUGUAACUCAUUUUGACAUAUCUUAUCACUUAUAAGAUAAACGCAUAUGAAACGAAUAUUAUAAAAAUAUAUUGAACAAAAAGCGUUAUCUGAUUUAUGAUUCAGAUCACCUCGAGUAACAGAUAUUGUGAUUAUUGUGAAUGUAGUUGGCUGUUGGCUCCCGUCCUCAAUCCGGCAUCUCUAGGUAUAGUACGUAUACGCGUAUCCUGUUGUGCUGAGAUUACUGUUUUGAAGAUUAUCGUGAACGUAACCUCAAAGAGGCAGUUUAAAGAGCACAAUCGGAAAUUAGAUUUCCGUCUUAUUGCUAAAAACGUAGUUCAAAUAUGAUUUUAUGAAUUGUUCUCGGGACUGCGUAAUUCGGAAUAGUUGAUAAAGAAUUGGAGAAUUUUGAUAGAAACAUAACCAAAUGACAGCUCUCAAGCACAUAAAAUAUCUUAAAAAACACCUAAUUAUAAUCGUAAGCUGAUUUUUGCUAGUUACGUAUCUCUGUCGAAAUUGCAUUUAUCUAUGUAUGUAUUUAAAAAGAAUGACAAGAACUGAAUAGCAACGUGAAAUGAAAUUUUAGUUAACUGUAAUGUAGAAACGUAAUACUUGUGAUAUAUUUUUAAUAUGUACUCUAGCAAAGCUUAGUAUCUACAGAAAAGUUUAAACCUUUUAUAUUACAUACAGUCUCAUAAAUGAUACACAUUUCACUUGAUUGUGUAAAUAUCACUUAAGAAAUACAUGUGGUAGAAUAUCCUUAGAAGUAUCAUCAUAAACAAGUGGGAAUGGGCAAUUGUCUGUGUAAAGAUACACCAGAAGAACUCACAGCAUAUAAUGAACAAAAUCAUGCAGAGACUGAAAAUACUAUAUUACCAGAAUCAGAUAUAGAGAAUGUUGCAACUGGUCACAUGAGUUCUACAUCUUUUAAAUUUCCAACUUCUGCAAAGAUAGAUAAACUAGUACUUGAAACUCUUGGGAUCAUCGGUUCCCUUGUUGAUAAUGAGCAAGAACCACCACCUGCAAUGUUAAAAUUGCAUGCGAUUGCUGAUAAAGAAGAUGGAUGGAUACAAGUUGUUAGUUCAAUGGUUAAUGUUAUUCCUAUGCAUAAUCCAUUAGGCCCUUCAGUUAUAACUCUUUUAUUAGAUGAUUGUCCAUUACCAUCAAAGGAAUCUGUCUUACGGUUAUCACAUAUGUUUCAAUUAUCUCAAAAAUGUGGAAACAUACAAAUCAGUGCAACUCAACAACGUAACAUCUGUGUAGUUCUGGGUUGUAUAGCGGAAAAAUUAGCUGGUCCAAGCAGUAUUGCUAUAUUAUCGGAUGCAACUUUGGAUUAUCUCGUUUCAAAUCUUAGAGAAGAUAUUGAUCCUUAUGUGGUACUGUAUUCAUUAAUAGCCUUGGAAAAAUUUGCGCAAACAAGUGAAAACAAAGUCACUAUUAAAAAGCGUUUAAUGUUGGAAAAACCAAAUCGGUUAUUGGAAUUAGAGAAAUGGGCAUCGGAAACUCAUUAUGUACGCCGGCAAGUAGGCUUCUGCGCGCGGUGGUGUUUAGAUAACUUGUUUUUGAUGGAAGGUAGGAAAUAUUCUCACGACUCAGUUGAUAUGACUGGUAUUAAUGUAAUGUUAAAUACAAAAGAUGUAAGUGAGUACCUGAAAAUAUCACCUAACGGCUUGGAAGCCCGAUGUGAUGCAUACUCAUUUGAAAGCGUAAGAUGCACAUUUCAAGUAGAUUCAGGAAUCUGGUAUUAUGAAACACUAGUUAUAACAACGGGUGUGAUGCAAAUUGGAUGGGCUACAAAGGAUAGUACGUUUUUAAAUCAUGAAGGCUAUGGUAUAGGCGAUGAUGAAUUUUCUUUGGCCUACGAUGGUUGUCGUAGAUUAAUCUGGUAUAAUGCAAAGAGUGAAAAAUAUCACGAGAAACCGUGUUGGAAAGCCGGUGAUAUUUUGGGUUGUUUACUAGACUUGAACAAAUUAGAAAUAGUAUUCUCUAUAAAUGGUGUACCACUUAAACCAUGUGUUCAAGUUUUCAAGACAGUGCGGUCUGGAUUUUUUGCUGCAGCAAGUUUUAUGUCAUUUCAGCAAUGUCUCUUUAAUUUUGGAAAUGUACCUUUUAAGUAUCCACCCACUGAUCGUGAAUAUAAAAAAUUUAAUGAUUACGCUACUUUGAGGCCUGAAGAUAAAGUUGUGCUUCCCAGACAUAUAUAUCUAGACCAACUGAGAAAACUUAGCGUUAGAGAAGAUUCAUGUACAUUGUGUUUUGACCAAAGAGCUUCAGUCAGAUUGAUACCAUGCAAUCACAGAGGAUUCUGCCUAACGUGUACGAAUCAGCUGGUAGAGUGUCCAAUGUGUAGAGCUACAAUCGAAGAAGUAGCUCCUGAUAAUACAUGACAUCACAUAGGUGUACCAGCAUUUCUUAAUACUCUUCCACUACCUUUUUCAUAUUACACGAUUCUCAGGAACUGUCGUGAAGUAAUCACAAUUGCAACAUGUCAUGUAUGCUAUGUAUUGAAUAUGGUUAUAAUACUUCGUGCAUUUCUUUCCUUACGAUACAGUAUUUUAAAUCAAGAGAAGGACUACAAAUUAGUUACAAAAAGCAACGUCGCACUUAAAUGUAACAAAUCUUUACGGUGCAUCGAUGUAGGUACAUGAUGCAAAUCAUGUUGUUGGAAAUUUAAAUUACAGAAAAAUGUCAAAAAUUACAUCUGCGGGCUGUGCAAAUUACUUUCCCUAGGUUUUGUCUAAGUAUAUCAUUCGUUUAAUUAGUAUUGUAAAUAUUUAAAUCUGAAGAAUAGGAAGAUAAAAUUAUUUUUUUUUUACAGCGUAUACACAUUGGGAAAGAAAUCUAAUAUUUUCAAUUUGUAUCUAAAUUAAUGUAUAUCAUACAUUUCCAACGUGAUAUUUGUGACCGGUUCACAAAUAUGCAGACACUAUUUUGUCCAUGAACUUGAAGUUCUUCUCUCUUAAACUAUGAAAGUCUGUGUUACCUGCAUUUGUCAAUACUGACAAGCAAGUAAUUAAAUUUGCGCUAUAAUAUACGGUUGAUUUUAGGAAGCUGUAAAAUAUUAAUAUCUUGUAGUAUACAUAUACUGAAAAAUAUAUAUAUAUACAUAAGCUCA